GCAGUCCAUCUCUGUUCCGCGCUGUAGGCUGCUCUCUCGCAAGUGCGCCCCGGACUGUCCCGCAACAUAGUCUACUGCAUGAGUAAAUCUCUGCAGGUUGCUUGCUGAGGAUAAUUAUUACGCAGAGACUCCAAUACAUGGACUGACUCAUUUCUUUUGGAGACUCCGGAAACACAAGAGAGAAUUGGAGCCGGACGAGACACAUGAGGAUAAAACACAGACGUAUAUUUUUAUGCAUGGGCAUUAUGUAUAUUUUACCCACGAAAUAAAUGAUUUUCUUAUUUUCUAGUGCUUUUCUUGUCAGUCCGUUGACCUAUUGGAAAAAUACAUAAAUAUCGAAGAAGUGACGGGGAUUCAGAAUGGGUACUCUGUUCUUAACAGUUCUACUCGGAGCGGUCGGAGCUCUAGCCAAUAAGGAGGCCUGUAGCUCAGGCAACUUCACCACCACUGGGGAGUGCUGCAAGCAGUGCCAGCCCGGGGAGGGAGUUAUCAAGCCAUGUAGAGCAACACAGACUGUCUGUGCCCCAUGCCUUGACAGCGAGACGUUUGCAGAGAACUUCAGCCACACCGAGACGUGCCAGCCGUGCACCCGCUGCAUGGGCCUUCUCCGCAUGAAGACGCCCUGCACCGACUCCAACGAUGCUAUCUGCGUUUGCGACUAUGGCUACUACCUCAACGAGCUGUCCAGCCAGUGUGAGAGCUGCACCAAGUGCCCUGAGGGCCACGGCAUGCUGUACGGCUGUGAACACGAACGCGACACCGUGUGCGAGGUGUGCGCAAGAGAUACGUACUCUGACCAGGAGAGUUCGCGAGAGCCCUGCCUGCCCUGCACCAUCUGCGACGAGGACGAAGAGCUGGAGAUCCAGGCCUGCAAAUCCUUCAGUGACACCGUUUGCCAAGAUCUGAACACGCCGCUCUUCUCCUCCGUCUCUCCCUCUCCCUUUGGGGGCUCGUCCCUGCCCUCGUUCACAGACGAUGACAACCUUUUCCCCUACGGCCCCACGGAGACCGCCACCACCACCACCACCACCACCACCAGUACAAUCAAGUUCAUAGGUCACGGGCUGAAUGAGAACCUCAUCCCCAUUUACUGCUCUAUCCUGGCGGCCGUGGUGGUGGGCCUUGUGGCCUUCAUCAUCUUUAAGAGGUGGAACAGCUGUAAGCAGAACAAGCAGGGUGCCAACAACUGCACAGCUAAUCAGAACCAGACCCCAUCGCCGGAAGGGGAGAAGCUGCACAGUGACAGUGGCAUAUCGGUGGACAGCCAAAGCCUACAGGAGCAGCAAGGCCAGGGGCAGACUCAGGCACAGACAGUGGUCACUGUGGAUGAGGAGCCUUGUCUGCUCCUUCCCCUCCACACGCGAGAGGAAGUGGAGAAACUCCUCUACAGGGGCGGAGAAGGGGAGGGCUAUGACCACACGGAGGACAGAGAUUGGUGCAGCCUGGCGGGGCUGCUGGGAUACCAGGAAGAGCGCAUUGCAACCUUCCGGCAGCAGGAGCAUCCCGUCCGCGCACUGCUCUCUGAUUGGGCGAGCCAGGAUUGCGCCAGCCUGGACACGCUCUGCACGGCACUGUGUAAGAUCAACCGCGAAGACAUCGCACAGAGCCUUGUGCUCAGCCCCAACACCGUCAAACCCACUGCCACGUCUGCAGUGUGACCAUUUAACCAUUACCGCCAAUGCUACGAAAAUCUCACUGCAACAUCAUAGCCAAAUUCACCCCCCGCCACAGUCCAUCCAUACUGUGACUAUUUAACCGACUACACCAACCAGAUAAAUCCAUCUGAGCAAUUACACCAAUGCCAAACCAUUCAGAUUGGCAAACCAAAGUCUGAUCACCCCACACCUGAUGCCAAACCUACUGCUAUCAAUCCACCAAGACUCACCUCAGACCUAAAUCGAACAUUUCUGCGAGACUUCUGCGGCCUCAGCAUCCCUUACCACCUUCAUGGUCUGCAUGGAUUUUCUUCAUUAUGGUCAACUGUGGCCUUGUAACCAUACUACUGGGUGUUCAAUUGUGUCUUCAGUGUGCCCAAAACAGUCAGGCACCAUUUUGCUCUGCUCUCUCACUAACCCUGAACUACUAACCCUGAAGUAGCAAAGGGCUACAAAACUCUGGGGAUUGCGCUUGAUUGUCUGUGCUUCUCUUUUGACUGAACUAAUUAUUUUCAUACAUUCCUCAGUUGCAACACAGAACUCUGGCUUGUGGUACUUUUGAUGAACAUCACUUAGCAUUCAACACGUACAGUAAAGCACUACUAUUCCUUAAUUUCAUUUUUUGUUGUUCUGUACUAACAAAGCCUACCUUAUCAACCAUACCUAUACCUAUUGUAACAUCUGUACAUUUAAUUGUUUGUAAUUUAUUGGCAAAAUAUUCCAUCAUUUUUGACCAUUUGCUAGUCAAUCAAUUACUGUCUGUCACUGCUGAAUGGUGGCAAUUGUCUGCAGAGGUCAAGGACUGGAAAGAUAUAACGAGCUAGACUAAAAAAGGUUUAGCAAGCACUAAAUCCAAACCAAUUCUUAUGUGAAAAAAGCUAAUGCCAUAUCACACUGCAUCAUCGCCUCUAUUAUUUUCAACACCUUGACAUGGAGAAGCUCAAUUAUUUGAGCCGUUUCCUCCAUAAUAUUUUGUAUAAUUAAAUAUUAAUGAGAAAUAUCCCUUUUCAAACUAAAGUUAUCGUAUGAAUUAUUUUUAUUUCUUUAGACCUGACAUAUGAACAGUUCCCAGUAUCAAUGUAUCUACUGCAACAAAGUCAGAGUAGUGGACUGGCUGGCCUGUGCUGGCUAACAUGGUGGUCUGUGGAGCAGGUCACAAAGGAAACCUGACUCCAGCCUCUAUCUGGUCCAUCUGCAUAACACUGGGGCUCUCACACUGGGCCUAUACUCUGACCUAGAUAGGAAAGGACUAGGAAUUCAAAACUCACUCACACAUAUAGGCCUAUCUACACACACAAACAUCCACGAAUGCACACACACACACACAUAAAUGUAUAACUACACACACAAACAUGCACGCGUACACAAACAUGCAUGCAAGUAUCUUUGAACGGGAUACACAUAUUGUAGAGAGAGAACCAACAAAAAAGCCUACUGUUCACUCAAGUGCUGUGUCAAUCAAGUGUUGUGUCAAUGAUAAGGGACAACAGGACCAAGGCCAUUGGACAUUAACAUACACCCUUUCAGGGACCACAUGAUGUCAAAUGCAGGACACCUUAUUGGACAUGAUAGACGUAGGCCAACUUGUUCGGUCAAUGAAAAAUAUUGCAGUCAUUUACACCACAACUGUCUUUCAAAACGUCUUGCUUGGAAUCUGUAUAAAUCAUCUAAUCCUUUCCCGUGAGGUCAUCCGCUGCUUUAUUAGCAAGAGGAACAGCAUGUACAAACUAGCGAGUCAUAUAACCGAUACACAUCAUAUUCAAAAUACACGUACAAGUGCUGUACAUAAAAUAACGUACAAUUGAACAACUAGCCAUUAUUCAGGAUAAGAUAUACAAAUAAUCCAGGGUUUUCUAUUUCUGUUUAGUUUCUCAGGGUAUUUUGUGUGGCUUGGUGAUUAGCUUGACCUUUGUCUAAUGUUGUUUCCUUUUCCUAAUCAAAGCUCAGACAACCUGGAUUAGUUGUGUAUAGGUUGAGGAAGGUUAGAGGCCUUGUUGGGGGGAUUCAAGUAGAACUUACUCAGGCAAUGAUAUCAGUGGCAUUCCAGGUUGUCUUUUUAUGCAGUUGCGCUGCAUGGAGGAUCAGAUCUCACAUUGCCUGGAAAAGUGUUUAAAUGUCUAAAGUAGCAGGGACCAUAUUCAUAUGAUAUACUGUAGGCGACUGCCAAAAAGACGACCUGGAACGCGACUGAAAAUCCUUCAGACAGAAGAAUAGGGAUGGAAGCAGAUCAGAGGAAAAGCAGGGGUGUCUAGUUUCCCCAUUGUUCACAACAACGACGUUCAAAUGUAAGGCUAGUCAUUAGAGAUUGGAGACGAGCGAGACGGGAGGAAUUCCAACCACUGAGAGUUAAACCUGUUCAAGAUGAAAAGAAGCAUUCCAAUUAGACUUUUUAGUAACAAGUUACUUAAAGCUGACAGGUAUAAUGCAUUAAGAUGUGGUUAUAAUGCAAUGUAAAAAUUGUUAUAGGCAUUUACGACCCACUUAUAAUGUCUUAUUGUCAUGCCAUAGUACAUACAUAUUAUAAGCCUCAUAAGCCUUAUAUUAAUGUAUGACUGUAUGUAUGUAUGAAUAUGACUGUAAGUCGCUUUGGAUAAAAGCGUCUGCUAAAUGGCAUAUUAUUAUUAUUAUUAAGACAUUAUAAAGGCUCAUAAGCAUAGUAUGCUUAUAACAAGUAAUAAAGCAUGAUACGUGUUAGCUCAAAGUAAAGUGUUAGCACAUCUUUUCGUUAGGACUUAGCUUCAGGCAGUCUAGAAUGCAAUCAGUGCAUUCAUAAAGCCUUUCGUAAAUGCUUCAAAAUGUGUCAUAGGCAUGCAUAACCAUUACAGGCAGCUAGGAAUUAAGAACUGAGGGGGAUGUUCCCUUAUUUACUUUGUACUUUGUGGGGUCAUAUUUUUUUAGCUUAUUUGAGGGUUAAAAUGCCAAUGCAUGCUUAUAACAAAUAUAAUUGCAGCAUAAUACAGCCUAAAGUGAAGCGUCUCCCCUUUUAAUUCUCAUUUGUAACUUGAUUUUGUUUUGUUUUGUUUUAUUCAAUUUCACAUUGGGAAACUUUUUUUGGGGAGUGGGGUUGAAUGACAGGAGUUCAGAGGAAGUAACAGUGGUCGCUUGCUUUCUGUCCAUCAUUUAAUGCAAAGAGAUCUGUUAGGACUGUCUUGUUAAAUUACUGGCAUAACUGACAUACAGGUUUGUUCAAAGAGAGCAAAGACAAUAUUAAUGCUUUGCUCUAUUUUAACCAAUUUAUGUCACAGAAUUGAUCCACUUCUGGUUUAGCUUGCUAGUGCAAGACUUCGAGUCUAGCCUGAGUCUAUAGGUACACGUGCCUAUUGUAAGUACUGUACAGAACGUUUUACCAACAGUUUACUGAUCUUAGUUCAGUGGCUUAAUUAUGAAUGAAGGUAUUCUCACUCAAUUUCAUGUGUUACUAACAGUAAUAAACUGUAUUAUCUUUUUGUUUCUCUUUUUCUACAAGGUUAGAUUGUAGAACACUGUAUGUAUUCAACAUCACAAUUGCCUGGGAAAUGUUUCAGGUCCCUGAUGAUGAUGUUGUUUUUGUUUUGUAUGUAUUUUAAGUUGUUCAUUUUAAGUUUGUGUUUUUGAGCACUCAAGGCUUAUCGUAAAAUAUCAGGGUCCAACAGGACGUCUGACUCAGAUGCAGUCUCUAGAGUCGAUUGACAGUGACUCAAUCCCACUUUACCUCAAUGACCUGCAUGGUAAAUACCUGCUGGGGCUAAAUGUGGUAUAUCCCUGUAUAGUAUUAUAUAUAUAUACUGAGUGACAAAAACAUUAGGAACACCUUCCUAAUAUUGAGUUGCACCCCCUUUUGCCCUCAGAACAGCCACAAUGCUGGCUCAUGUGACUCCAAUGAUUCCCAAAGUUGUCAAGUUGGCUGGUUGUCCUUUGGGUGGUGGACCAUUCUUGAUACACACGGGAAACUGUUGAAUGUGAAAA